AUGGAAUCCAAGGCCAAGCAGCAGUUGGACAUUUUGCGAUCUGCUUUGCAGGAAAAGUAUUUGAUAGCUGAACGUUUGAUGCUUCAACGUGAAAACGCUGAAAAAGUUGUCAGUACGACUGCUGAACGUGAAAUUGUCCGAGAUAUCAAAGAAAAAUUGUGCUAUGUUGCACUCGACUUUGAACAAGAAAUGGCGACUGCUGCAUCUUCUACAUCGCUCGAAAAAAGCUACGAACUUCCUGAUGGUCAGGUCAUUACAAUUGGUAACGAAAGAUUCAGAUGCCCUGAAACUCUUUUUCAGCCAUCAUUUAUUGGUAUGGAAUCUGCUGGAAUACACGAAACUACAUACAAUUCUAUAAUGAAGUGCGAUAUCGAUAUUCGUAAAGACUUGUACGCCAACAAUGUUCUCUCUGGUGGAACCACAAUGUAUCCCGGUAUUGCUGAUCGUAUGCAAAAAGAAAUUACUGCCCUUGCACCAAGUACAAUGAAAAUCAAGAUCAUCGCUCCUCCUGAAAGAAAAUAUUCUGUGUGGAUCGGAGGAUCAAUUCUUGCAUCUCUAUCAACAUUCCAACAAAUGUGGAUUUCAAAGCAAGAAUAUGACGAAGCAGGUCCAUCGAUUGUACAUAGAAAAUGUUUUUAAUUUUGAUUAUUUAUUUUGCCCGUUCGCAAACUAGAACUCAAUACGAAGAGUUGAUUCUAAAAAUAAUAAAUAAUCGGAAUAAAA